GGAGAAUCUAACUCCGCGUUUUCAGCACUGCUCAAAUACGGCUAGGUAAUUCGAUAGGUUUCAUCAUCUGAAGAAAUGGUUCUUUGACCUUCUGUCUCGUUUGACGUCACGUUAGGAAGAUGGUGGUGAUGAGUUGACUUUGAUGACAUCAUGACAUCAACCACCUCACUAACUCAACUGUGGCUUGCCCAGCACCAUCUUAAAGGUCUCGGAUGGCCUUUCAAUUCUAAUACAUAUUGGUUCCUCGAAUAUUCAUUUGCUUCUACCCGGCGACAUUGACACUCACCCGUACCCCUAGCAUAUUCCGAAGCAUAAAGGUCUCUCUAACACAUUCGAUAUCAUGGCAGACGCAAAGCAAGGAGGGGACCUCUACGAUAUGGCCAAGGAUGGAACCAAAGUUCCUGGAGAUGCUGGCAAGCAAAACAUCAUCAAGUCUGUUCCCAACCCGCACCAGCAGGAAUCAGCUGCCGGAGGGCUUGGGUCUACAACUCUCCACGGCGCCGCAGACAACGCAUUGAACACCAACGAGGGAAGAGCGUCCGGAGUGGGCGAGGGAAUCAGUGCUACCGAUCACGAGAUCCCUCAGUCGGUGACGGGCAAGCCUGGAGGCCGAGGGGGAACGCAAGGCUCUGAGGAUAUCAGGGCUGCGACGGGUGCGUUUUACACCAAGGGGGGCCGGUCGAAGGAUGACGAGUAAAGGAAAAAAGAAUGUCCAGCUUGUCACAAUGUGUACUAAGAUAAGCUUGACGAGGACAUGAAAACGCAACUCCAUUACAUCUGGCUUUCAAGUGGUGUCCUGCAUCCAAGUCAUCUAAUAACAAGUCGGUAAAGUAAACCAGACUCAACCACACGAUUGUGUAGGGAUAUGACCAUCCUGAACAGAUCAAAAGGGGGUAACACCACUGUACCGCCACCAAAAAUGUAAGUCCAGAGCUGUCCAACACCUAUCAAACGGCAAAAUGAAAGGGACGAGACUCGAACUCGCGCGGGUUGCCCCACCAGGAAACAGAUGUUAAGCUGACCUUAACCUGGCGCCAUAACCAACUCGGCCACCCUUCCGUGAUUUGGUUCAUGUCAAAUUAUGAGGAAAUUGAGAGUAUGGAGGUUGACGAGUUAGGGCUUCGGAGAUUGCGUCUGCAGAUUGGAGACAGCCGCCGUAGUGGGGCUGAUGAUGGGUCGCCCACAAGUGCUUUGCCGGGCGUGCCGCAUUGAUGAUGGCAGGUUCUUGAUAUACAUGGCUAUAACGUUCGAAAGUACUAGUCAAAGUUGAAAUCGGACAUUGAAACUAGGAAG